AGUCAGUGCCGGGAGCGCUGCUAUGGCGUUCCUCGGACCCGCGGCUCCUCCUCACACAGUGCUCGAGGCGGAGGCUAGGAGAGGGCCGAGGAGGAGGAGGCGGGCGGCUGGCCGCCGCAAUUGCAGAGCCGGGGCCAAGGGAGGCGGAGGCGGAGCGGGAGCCGCCGCAACCAGCCGGGCCGCCUGCAGUGCUCCCCUGGCUUGAGGGCGCGGGGCGCCAGCCAUGCCUCGGUGUGGCCACUGAAGUCGGGCGCCGGCGUCCCCGCCGCUGUGCCUCGUCGUCCGGCUGCCCGCCGCGGGAGUACGGAGCCGCCAGCCAGCCAGCGGUGGCGCGGGCGCAGGAGCGCGGGGCCGGAGGAGGCGGGGAAGAUGGACCCGGCUCCCUCGUUGGGCUGCAGCCUCAAGGAUGUGAAGUGGAGCCCAGUGGCCAUGCCGCUCGACCUGCUGGUCAGCACCUACCGGCUGCCCCAGAUCGCGCGGCUGGACAGCGGAGAAUGCGUGGAAGGGCUUCGGGAGAAUGACUACCUGCUGAUCCAUUCGUGCAGGCAGUGGACGACCAUCACUGCCCAUAGCCUGGAGGAAGGUCACUAUGUCAUUGGGCCAAAGAUAGAGAUCCCUGUACAUUAUGCAGGACAAUUCAAGCUGCUGGAACAAGACCGAGAUAUAAAGGAGCCGGUGCAAUAUUUCAACAGUGUGGAAGAAGUGGCCAAAGCAUUUCCUGAACGUGUGUACGUCAUGGAGGAAAUUACAUUCAACGUGAAGGUCGCGUCGGGUGAAUGCAAUGAAGACACUGAAGUUUACAACAUCACCCUGUGUACUGGGGAUGAACUCACCCUAAUGGGGCAGGCAGAAAUCCUUUAUGCGAAGACCUUCAAGGAGAAGUCACGUCUCAACACUAUCUUCAAAAAGAUCGGGAAGCUCAAUUCCAUCAGCAAGCUGGGGAAAGGCAAAAUGCCGUGCCUCAUUUGUAUGAAUCACCGGACCAACGAAAGCAUCAGCCUUCCAUUCCAGUGCAAGGGCAGAUUUAGCACCCGAAGUCCCCUGGAACUGCAGAUGCAGGAAGGGGAACACACCAUCCGAAAUAUCGUGGAGAAGACUCGGCUCCCUGUGAAUGUGACGGUGCCCAGUCCCCCGCCCAGAAAUCCCUAUGACCUCCACUUCAUUAGAGAGGGGCACCGCUACAAGUUUGUGAACAUCCAGACCAAGACCGUAGUGGUUUGUUGUGUGCUGCGCAACAACAAGAUCCUCCCCAUGCACUUCCCUUUGCACUUGACUGUCCCCAAGUUCAGCCUCCCGGAACACCUGGUGAAGGGAGACAUGUGGCCAGAGACCCUAGUCCAUCACUGGCUUGGUAUCUGCCAAGAGCAGUUUGACAUCGAUGAGUAUUCACGGGCCGUUCGCGAUGUGAAAACGGACUGGAAUGAAGACUGCAAGAGCCCCAAAAAGGGCCGUUGCUCUGGCCACAACCAUUUACCCAAUUCCCUCAGCUAUGCCCGCGAUGAGCUCACCCAGUCCUUCCACCGGCUCUCAGUCUGUGUGUAUGGCAACAAUCUCCAUGGCAAUAGUGAGGUGAAUCUCCAUGGCUGCAGGGACCUUGGGGGAGAGUGGGCCCCCUUUCCUCAUGAUAUCCUUCCCUAUCAAGACUCUGGUGACAGUGUGAGCGACUACCUUUUCCCGGAAGCUAAUGAGGAGUCAGCGGGCAUUCCAGGGAAAACAGAAGUUCCCUAUGAAGAGCUGUGGCUGGAGGAAGGCAAGCCCAGCCGCCAGCCUCUCACUCGCUCGCUCAGUGAGAAGAGCAGGUGCGACACCUUGAGAGGCUCCACGCGGUCCACAUGUGCACCCUCCUCUCCUCCUGCCCCUGCGACCCUGGGAGCCACAAUGAAGUCUUCAGAAAUCGCCCUACCUCCACCUCCAGUGCCUCCCAAAUCUGAAGCUGUCAGGGAAGAAUGCCGGCUCCUGAACGCCCCACCUGUGCCGCCCCGAAGUGCAAAGCCUUUGUCCACAAGUCCCUCCAUCCCUCCUCGCACAGUCAAGCCAGUUCGGCCACAGACGCGAUCUCCAAGCCCCACCCUGUCUUACUAUUCUUCAGGGCUGCAUAACAUCAUCACUCAGAGUGAUACAAGUCCUCCCAACAGUGCUCCUGUCACCUGCUACCCCUGCACCCGAGUGAAGAGUGACUCUGUGGACCCCAAGUCCCCAUUUGGAAGUCCUUCUGCUGAAGCUCUGUCCUCCCGGCUCUCGUGGCCCAACCAUUACUCAGGAGCAUCAGAGAACCAGACAAGGAGUGACUUUCUGCUCGAUCCAAGCAGGAGCUACAGCUACCCCAGACAGAAGACACCUGGCACACCAAAGAGAACCUGCCCAGCCCCUUUUGAUUUUGAUGGUUGCGAGCUCCUGGGCAGCCCGCCCAACACGACCUCUGCAGAGUUUAGUUGCAUUGGUGUCUCCAGUUGCCCCAAGUCGGCCAGCUAUUGUCUGGAGAACUCUGAGGACAAGUCCCUUGCAGCUGGCAUGACCAAGCAGAGCGUCUCCUGCCCUGCCUUACCCCCAAGGGCCCCAAAGCCAGUGGAACAGAAAGCCACCCCUGAAACAUCUCCUUUGCCUCUGAAAAUUGAUGGUGCUGAGGAGGACCCCACAGCAGGGUCGCUGGACCUCGCCGAGGACCAGUAUUUUGUCAGGAAGGGCAUGCAGGACAUCUUCUCUGUCUCUUACCCUUUCUCAUCUCCGCUCCACCUCCAGCUGGCCCCCAGAUCCUGUGGGGAUGGUUCCCCGUGGCAGCCACCUGCUGACCUAUCAGGACUCUCCAUAGAGGAAGUGUCCAAGUCUUUGCGGUUCAUUGGUUUGUCUGAAGACGUCAUAGCCUUCUUUGUCACUGAAAAGAUUGAUGGGAAUUUGCUUGUUCAAUUAACAGAAGAGAUCCUCUCAGAGGAUUUCAAACUAAGCAAACUACAGGUAAAGAAAAUACUACAGUUUAUUAAUGGCUGGAGGCCCAAGAUAUAGCCAGAUGGCCCCAUCUGUCAUGAGACAGCUAAGAAACGUGCUGGAAGGGGUGGGCUAGGACACAGAUUCAUGUUUUUGCACUUAAAAACAAAACAAAACAAAACAAAACCUUCUCUGUAAAUAGAGAUAAGAGAAAGUCUUACUAUGCAGAUUCCGUUUCCGAAUGGUGAACAGGCUAUUUUGUACAUCAAUAAAGAUGCUAUACAGAACACUUAGAGGUGUGCCUUGUACAUCACUCAACAUUCAACAGCUGCUAAAAGAACUGAAGUCAUAUCCAGAGAACUCAUUUGUACCCCAAUAGGUCUUGGAGAAGGCAUGGUAUUUAUCACAAAACAGCCAAAGCUGAAACACAUAGACACUUGUGAGCAGUUUGCGUCCUGGGGAGUCAACCGGGACAGUUCAUUGUAUUCUGUGGCUUGCUUUGCUUCCUGCCGGUCGUUUUCCUCCUGUGCCUGACAAUGUUAGUGGUGUGAAAUGACACUUUAAUGUCCUAUGCUUGGUGGAGAUCUUUUUAUCAAAAGGCAUUUUCCAAAAAUCAUGUUUUGAUAGAGGAUAUUUGGUGUCCUUAGGAAUGACACAAAUCGUGACCAUUACAUUUAGUCUGUAACUGCUGCUAGUUUCAUUAAGCAGAGGAAAAGAAAAAAAGAAAAACAAAAAGGUAUGUGUGUGUGUGUGCAGUACACACAGAUGUGUUUUAGUGUAGUUUUUUAAUCUGAUAUUUUAGAUAACAUCUUUGUACUUUAUAAUAUCCACUGAGGUUUCCAGGCUUUUAACUGAGUGGAUUCUCUCAAGAACAGUUGGCUUAACGAUCCCAAAGAGUCUCAGAACCUGACCUUUGCAGCUCGGCCUCCUAGGCUCCAGCCUUGAAAACUCAGAAGCAAUUAGGAAAGAUUCUGUUGAAGAAUUUAAUGUGCUUUGUAAGCCCAUGAGAGGGCCGAUUCUUGCAUAUCUGUGCUGACAUUUGGGGAAAUGACAGCUACUUCGGAACCUUCAUCCCGUCCUCCUGUGUGCCCCAGUGAGAGGUCUGAAAAGCCUUUCUCCACAAAUGUGAGGUCUGCUCGCACACCUCUUAUGUUAGGAAACCUUGUGACUCAGACAGACCAACUCUCUAUUAUAUAUGCCUUAUCUCUGCACUGAUCCUACGAUACCAGUAAGAGUACUUGCUAAUUCCAUGGUCGACCCCUUUCUCCUCUUCUAAGAAACACUAAUUAUCAUACUCCUCUUAUGAGAAUUCCAGAACAUGUCUAAGAAUUUUGCUAAAUGUGAUUAAAUACCCUAAAAUAUACCAUCACUUCCUUUCUCUUGACUGUUUGAAGGCAUUCUAACCUCAAAGAGUUCCUUUUUUUUUUUUUCUGAGCAACUCGGGGACUCCAUCCAGUCCCUGAGUCUGUCCCUAGAUUCUCACUGGGUAGACAUCCUGUUAGUGAUGCACACCUGGGCUGCUCAGGUAAGAUGGUCUGACCACCAGGAGUCGGCGUGUCCUGAAUGGAUGACCAUAUUUCAUCAUGUCUUCCUGUUUACCAAAAAAGAAAAACCCACCGGUCAUGUGGGUUUUCAUUUGCAGCCAUGUGAAGUACAUCAUUAUUUCUUGCCAUUAGAGAUCUGCUUAAUUCCAUCUUGUGAUAGAGUUGAGAUGAAUUGAUACUUAGUCUAAUUUCUCAUCUCUGAUCUCAUUACUAAGAAAUGGCUUUUAUCCCUUCCUAACACAAUCCAAAUGUAAAUACUACACUGCAAAUAAAAAGAAUUGUCCAUAAAACAGGCAACUGGAAUGCUUCCAGAGUCAGUCAUGAAUCUGUGAAGUUUCCAUACUGCCCUCUCACACCCAAGACUCAUGGAGAGUCUGUUUCAGAAAGCAGCCCUCUAAGACUAUACUUUCAGGGAUCAUUUCUAUAGUUUGCAGAAAGCAGCCCUCUACGAGGGGAACUAACUCCUUAGAAAGUUUAACCUAUCCUGAGAAAAUUAACUUCCCUUGAGAAUAAAGACAGACAGUUUGCAGUGGAGACACUGCAGGUCCCCACUGGAAACCCUUGCUUUAUCCAUCCUCCGGCACCCAGCCUUUGGCCAUGAUUCUCAAAUUCAGAAGCAAGCCCUAAGUUUGGUUUGCAUUUGCUGUGAAGGUUGCCUGUGUAAACAACUGAUCCUUACACAAAACAAGAUUGUCAGUCUUCUUUUAGUUCAUUUGCUUUGAUCUUGACAUACUUAUGUCAAGUCUGUUUCGAUUGGAAUCCUGGAGCUUUCCUUAGAGCAAGGACUGGUCCUGGGGUCAUACAUUCAUUGUACAUGGCAUAAGCACCCUCUGUGCCCGACCCAAGGCUGAGAAAAGUCCUAAGCUCUGCCCUCUUGGAACUCGAAAUCACAAUUGCUGAUAGUGUAUAUGUGAGAAAGAGACUAUGAACAUUUCCUGGAAGCUGGAUGCAUGGAGAGUGAUGUGUCCCAUCUUUAAGGAGCCCACAGAUGGACGCAAUGGCAGGUGCCUCUAAGACAUACAAUAAAUCCCCCAGACAUUGGCAAAUACCCCCUGAUACUUGUAAUAUAUUAAAGGAGAAAUGUAUCUGUCUCCCCUGCUCCUAUUUUCUUUUACUGACUUGGGAUUUUUUUUUUUAAUGAUAAUCAGUACUGGCAUUUCUAAAAGCCACAUAUAAAUAUAACUGCCACCUCUGAGCUGAGCACCUGACUGAGGAGGAUCCUGACUAGACAAGGAAUUCAUAAGAAGCCAGAGAGAAUCAGACAGGCUACACAGAGCAGAAAGUAGAAACAGCCCUUGCCUUCCACAUCCUAAAGUGGAGCCUCUUCCAAAACCAGCCAGGUCAAGACAGUACCUCCACUAGUGGCAGAUUCCCUACCGUCCAGUGAGGGACAGUGGUACUUGUGGAGAAGUGCUAUCUAAACAGGAUCUCUGGGGGAAUCCUUAAACCCACAGCUAAAAUCAUCUUCCUGCCCCUGCCCUGUUGGAAGAGAAUGUGUUGGCAGUAAGCCAAGCCAAGCAGCUAAAAUGUAAAAUACGAAGUCAGUUCAGAGAGAAAGCUCAACUGUUCACCCACCGCUUCCUUCACAGAAUCUUCCAGACGCCUGCAAGUUCUGUCUUUAAGUUGAACUGCUCCAGUUUAUGAACUGUGAAAUGUCCACAUCUACUCUCUCUCAGCCCACACAGACCAUUCAAAUUUAUGAAGUUGUAUCAAACUGCCCAUUCAGCUAAAUUGGAGUGUUUAUUCCUGUCCUGCAGAAAUGCCACAACCUUCUGGGAAAUGUGACAGGCCAUUCCAGCUGAUCAGAUACAUAAACAACCUCCGUUCACGCUGCUGAGCCACCUGCACAUCAUCCAUAUGCCCCCUUGUGGUGUUCAGGGGCCUGGGAGUGGAUGGAUGGAGAACUCAUCAUUUUCCUAGUGCUUUGUGUAAUUAAUCAAGCCCCAUGCCUAUCUUCUGUAAGUACAUACCCUGAAUAACAAACUGGGAAACAAAAAGUUCUCCAAGGAACCCAGGAUAUUUGAGUUGCAGUCUACCAGAAAAAAAGUGCCAUGUAUUGGACACACGAGGCUUUGAGAAACAUGUCUAUUGUAUGAAUUCCCACUGCUUUACUCGAAAUCUGAAAGCUGCUAAGGCAAAAGAAUCAAAGGCCCAGAGGACAAAUAGUGGAAACGGAACUUUUGUUAUCCUGUAGGUUUGCAAUGUAGGAUUCUGUGGCCGUAUCAUGUCAGGUCACAUUUCUGGGUUUUCAAGAAGUCUUGUUUUCCACUUUGGCCACUGUGAUAGCCAGAAACAAGCGUGAGUGUGCUUCAAGCUAGAUGCAAGUGUCGUCUGCGCUUGUCUCCCUCUGCCCACCUCCGAGUCUUUGUAAUAGAGCUUAGCAGAUGUUGAGCUCCUUUGGUUUACAGUCUCCUGUAGGAUAGGGUUUCCAUAGUUCCCUAGCCAUAAACCUGCCCCCCGUUUUCAUAUGUUCUAUUUGGAAUCGUGUUUCAGCUAGAACUAGAAAGAAAGGAAAGGAGGAUGGAAGGAAGAAAGAGAGAGAAAGAAAAGAGAGAAAGAAACCCCCUAGAACUUGGGGCAUUUUCCUUCACUUAAGUGGAAAUUGUAUUUUCUAAGAAUUUGGAAGUCUCUGUACAGUUUCUGGGCUGGGAGAACAGUGGGUUCCUAGCCACACAUCAGCAGUUCAUUGUGUUGCUCUCUGGAGCAUUAUUUAAUGGGCCCAAUGUGUACCUCAAGAUAAAUGCAGUAUAUUAUGUCUAAAAAAGAAAAAUCCAUUGUCUGUUGAUUUAAAAGGUUCUGAAAUGUCUAUAAAUAAAGAAAUUUUCAAGGUU